CCUUUCUCCUUUUAGCUUUCGGCUUCUAACAAAUUUUCAACUUUUUUUCAUUACUAUUUCUCUUAAGCCAUGUAUCCAUCAUCUUCCUCUCAAAAACCCAUGGGUCAAUCCGGUCUGACCCGUUACGGUUCAGCUCCCGGUUCCUUCCUCACCAACGCCGUCGAUUCCGUCAUCGGAGCUGAUCCUAACCUCGUCGGCCACUAUUUCUCCGCCGCCGAUUCAUCGUCUCUAACGUCCGAGUCUACCUGUAAAGCCAGCUCGUCCAACGAUCCUCGAGAGACUAAUUCUUCCGCUCCUCCUCCGCCGCAUCAUCCGCAUGGAUCUUACCAUGCGCCUUCCUCUUCUUCCUCUCUACUCAGACAACGAAGCUCUCCCGCCGGUUUCCUUAGUCACCUCACGUCGGAAAACGGUUUUAGUGUUACAAUGGGCAACAGAGACUAUAGCUCUCAAGGCAGUGCUAACGGUAGUCAUGGAGUGUCAAGGCUGAAGUCCCAAUUGAGUUUCACUAGACAAGAUUCUCUUUCUCAGAUCUCUGAAGUAACUGAGAAUCUUGUUGAUGGUGUCAACUCUAACAGUAACCACCAAAAUGCUGCACAUUCAUUUGCUGCUGCUGGCUUUGGAAUAGAUUCAUGGGAUAAUACAAACUCCAUUGUGUUUUCUGCCUCACCAAGCAAGAGGGCUAAAAAUAUCGAUGUCGAUAUUUACAACUGUCUGAAUGCCUUGGACACUCAGUUUAGCUUGCCCCAAACAACACUUGAGAUGGCCACGGUUGAACAACUGCUACAUAUUCCUGAAGAUUCUGUGCCUUGUAAAAUCCGAGCCAAGCGUGGCUGUGCGACUCAUCCUCGAAGCAUUGCUGAAAGAGAGAGAAAAAGAAUAAGUGGGAAGCUGAAGAAAUUACAGGAGCUUGUUCCUAACAUGGAUAAGCAAACAAGCUACGCAGAUAUGCUGGACUUGGCUGUGCAGCAUAUUAAAGGUCUUCAAAAUGAAGUUCAGAAACUCCACAAAGAAUUGGAAACCUGUACAUGCGGGUGCAAACAAAGCUUAUGAUGUUUGCUAAACAGGUUUAAGGAAACAAAGAACUUGUCUAAUUUCCCAGUUUUGAAGCCAAUACCAAUUUAGCUUGCUUAGCUCGACUUAAUAAUGGAAAAAGUAGAGGGAAAAACUCGAAAAUGUAUAUAA